AUGGGAUCCUUUGUCGUCUCCGCUGUGACGACUUUGCUGUUUCUUUCUCAGGCUGUCGCUGGAUCAUACGCGCCGACACCGAUCUCUUGUCCUUCUUCGUCUCUGGUCCGGCCUGCCGAUAGUCUGAACAGCAACGAGGCAUCCUACGUCUCUCAGCGAAAGCAGAAAGCUGACAAAGCGUUGAGUUCCUGGUUGUCAAAGACCAAUCCUGGAUUUGUGGUCAAUGGCACCUUGCCAACGCUGGGAUUGGCCGUCAGUGGUGGCGGAUAUAGGUCCCUCCUGGUCGGUGCAGGUGUAAUUCAGGGAUUUGAUGAGCGAGACAGCAAUAUUAGCACCAGUGGCCUAUAUCAAGCUCUGACAUAUCAGUCAGGCCUGUCCGGUGGUGCUUGGCUAUUGUCCUCUAUUAUUGGAAACAAUUAUCCAACCAUCACCUCAUUAAAGCAGGGUCUAUGGGAACAAGCUUUCCAGGACAGCCUUCUGGUUCCCGAAAACUUGCUAGUUGCAGUUGCUUAUGCAGAUAUCGCUUCCGAUAUCGAGGCGAAGGCAGCCGCAGGCUUCCCCCCGACCUUAACUGAUCCGUGGGGUCGGUUGCUUUCUUAUCAGCUUUUUUACGGCACUGAUGGAGGCGUCGACAUCACUCUGUCGUCCGUUUCAGGCCUGUCUAAUUUCACUGACUUCGAGGCGCCCUUCCCCAUAAUUCUCGCGCUUGGCGUGAAGACCUGGGAAGGCGACUGCACCCCUGGACCGAAUGCCACAAUCUAUGAAUUCACUCCCUAUGAGUUUGGAUCAUGGGAUAGCGACGUAAGCGCAUUUACCCCUACGGAGUAUCUCGGUACGUCCCUGUCCGGCGGGCAGCCGAGUAAUGGCUCUUGCAUCACCAACUACGACAACAUCGGCUAUGUCCUGGGUACCUCUUCCAACUUAUUCAAUAAUGUCUGCAUACCGGUCACGGUUGGCAAUUCAACUGGAGACAACUACACAUCCUUGGCGCAGGACCUCUCCGUAAUUGUGAACAAGACUCAUGAAUUCGUCACGCGUGAUGAGUAUGCUGUCUAUCCCAACCCAUUCUACGGAUACAAUAGCCCGAGCGGAAUCGCCAAUUCCGCUGAUGCUGUCUGGACUCAGCAGGAGUUGUACCUUGCCGAUGGCGGCGAAGCGAACCAGAAUGAUCCUAUCUGGCCAUUCCUGCAAUCUUACCGGGAUGUCGAUGUGCUUAUCGUCAAUGACAACUCUGCCGAUACAUCCGCGAACUACCCCAAUGGAUCUGAGAUCCUGACUACCUACGUCCAGAGUACCAAUCGCAACCUGACCAAGAUGCCUUACAUCCCCUCUGUUGACAUCUUCCUCGCCGAGGGACUGAACACGCGACCGACCUUCUUCGGAUGCACAGAGAGCGACAAACUAACAAUCAUCUAUAUUCCCAAUGUAAAUAUGACCUAUAAUAGUGGACAGUCCACCUACAAACUCUGGUAUACGACAGAUGAAACAGACGCAAUGAUUGGCAAUGGCGUCGCCAUGGCCGAGCAGGCGGACGAUGACAACUGGGCGACAUGUCUUGGGUGUGCUAUUCUCGCGAAGACCUCAUUCACGCUCCCAGUGGAUUGCACUCUGUGCUUUGCACAAUACUGUUACGAGGAUCUGAACUCCACAUUGUCAUCAGUAUCGUCAGCGCUGGUGUAA